CAAACGCGGAAGCAACUCAGACGGGUGCUAAACAACAAGGCCCUUCCUCCGCUACAUAAAUGCAGACUAAAACUUAGUCUAAAUGUAAACUUUGAAAAAAUGACGAACACGAGAACAUUUCAUUUGCCAAAAAUGCAUUUUUCCUGGCUUCACGGCGCAGUUCUACUUUGUUUUGUGGUUUUAUCGGUAGGUUUCGCCAUCUACGGACAAAUCCUGGCCAUGCCACCCCCUCUAACCACGGCCAUCGGUGCGUGCUUUCUGGCCGGGAUGGCACUGAUUUGGAGAGACAUAAGCAAUAAGAUAAAGGGUGAAAACCGGACGUUAGGCAGUCUGUGCAGCCAGUAUAUCGCAGUGAAAGCUGUGGGCUGGCUGGGCAGGCGACAGAGAAGGAAACUCGAAGCCGAUACGCUCAAGGUGAAGCAAGUCCAGGAGGAGACUUUGCUGAAGCGACUUCGUAAAAAUUCAGACACAUAUUAUGGUCAACAGUACGACUUUAACUCUAUUAAAGACACUGAAGGUUUCCGGGUACGUCACCCUUUAACCACAUAUGGGCACUAUCGAGAACUAAUCAGCCGCAUUGCAGCCGGGGAAGAAAAGGUGAUUAUUGCUGAAAAACCGCUGAUUCUGGCCAUGACUUCCGGGACAUCAGGACCCAGCGCCAUGCUGCUCAGCACCAAGGACACCAACACUGAAUUCUUCCUUCAGGGGGUGACUGUAUGUUUAGAUGCCAUGAGACAGGCAUUCCCAGGGUCCGACAGCCUUCAGCGCACCACAAAGUUCUUCUACACACCAACAUAUCGCCAGUCUGAGGCCGGCAUUCUCAUUGGGCCAAACUCCUCCACGCCUGCCUCUUCUCGCCACAUGCUCAACCUCUACACAACUCCAGCUCCCGCCUUCGAGGUUCACAGUGAGAAGGACACUCUGUAUCUGCACCUCCUGUUUGCUCUAAAAGAUCCCAGUGUGGGAACACUGGAGUCCAACUUUGCGUCCACAGUUUUUUAUGCUUUCACUGCCCUACAGGACCGUUGGCAGGAGCUGGUGGACGAUAUUGAACAAGGAAAAAUCAGCAGUGCUCUGUCACUUGAUCCCAAAGUGAGGGCCAGUCUCGAGGCUCUAAUGAAGCCAGAGCCACAGAGGGCUGCUCAACUCCGGGCCCACUUCCAGGAGGGCUUUAGAGGAAUUGCCAAGCGGUUGUGGCCUCAGCUCAACCUGGUACUGGCGGUGGACUCAGGCUCCAAUCAGAUCUAUGGUGAAAUGUUAAGGGAGACCUACUGCAAAGGAGUGCCUUUCUAUUCACCAUUUUAUGCUGCUACAGAAGGUCUGAUAGGGGUGAACCUGUGGCCUCAUGAGUCAAACAGACGUUAUCUGCUGUGUCUGCGCUCAAUGUUCUGUGAGUUCCUGCCUGAAAGCUGCCUGGAGGUGGAGACGCCACAAACCCUGCUGAUGGAGGAGGUGAAGGAGGGAGAAAGCUAUGAGCUUGUUAUCACCAACGCCUCAGGACUGUUCAGAUAUCGCAUUGGAGACAUUGUGAAAGUUGUUGGAUUCCACAACCAUUGUCCCAUUGUGGAGUUUCAGUACAGGCGGGGUCAGAUGCUGAACGUUCGAGGGGAGAAAGUGUCUGAGGCGUUGUUUCUCGGUGCGUUAAAGAAAGCAGUUGCUCAGUGGCCUGGAGCUCAGCUGGUCGACUACUCCUGUGCUGAGAGCGGCAUCUUGGGAGAUUUAAUAGGUGGCUCAGACCCUCAUUAUCAAGUAUUUAUAGAGUUGAAAGGUGUGAGAAAUCUUACAGAGGAACAACGAUAUAAGCUGGACAUCUGCCUCCAGCAGGACUCUGCCGUCUACAAGUCUUUCCGUAUCAAAGGCAGCAUCGGUCCAAUGAGAGUCCAGCUGGUGGCAGAGGGUGCAUUUAAGGAGCUUCGUAGGCAGAUGAUGGCCUACACAAGUACCUCACCCAACACUUUUAAAAUGCACCGCGUGCUACGCAGGAAAGAAUACGCAAACUUCCUGUUGGGAAAAACAGUCUCCUGAGACAAGACUUAUGAGCUGACUGAAUGAUUCAUGCCCAGUUUUAUUAACUAUUUAUGACAGAAUUAAUAAAUUGUGCCUUUGAGAAAAUAAAAAAACUCAUCAACACUGUAACUGGCCUUGAUAGAGACAUCCUCAAUGUUUCAGUUUGUUUGAUUUUAAUUAAGCGCGACAAAAAAUAUUCUUAAAAACAUUUUUUUCUCAACUAUAUUUAUAUAAUUGUGUAAAAGAAAGUGUUACUGUGGUUUUUGUAACUGAAAUCUUUCAGAACCUCAGAUGCAAUAAAUACUUUACCAAACAACUGCUUUGAUUAGUUCGU